AUGCACGGCACAGUUUCACGGGCACGGCGCCGCGGUCCGACCGGCACGCGGCCCCUCCGUCGUCGCCGCGGCCGCGUGUGCACGAAACCGUACGCUCGGCCUGUGGUUUCGCUAGAUACCCGACCCGGACCGGGUGCCUACGACUCGCACGGCUGGGGCGCCCGUCCGACGCCGACUAGGAAGAGAUUAUCCCCGGUCGAUGCACGGCACAGUUUCACGGGCACGGCGCCGCGGUCCGACCGGCACGCGGCCCCUCCGUCGUCGCCGCGGCCGCGUGUGCACGAAACCGUACGCUCGGCUGUGGUUUCGCUAGAUACCCGACCCGGCCCGGGUGCCUACGACUCGCACGGCUGGGGCGCCCGUCCGACGCCGACUAGGAAGAGAUUAUCCCCGGUCGAUGCACGGCACAGUUUCACGGGCACGGCGCCGCGGUCCGACCGGCACGCGGCCCCUCCGUCGUCGCCGCGGCCGCGUGUGCACGAAACCGUACGCUCGGCCGUGGUUUCGCUGGAUACCCGACCCGGACCGAGUGGCUACGACUCGCACGGCUGGGGCGCCCGUCCGACGCCGACUAGGAAGAGAUUAUCCCCGGUCGAUGCACGGCACAGUUUCACGGGCACGGCGCCGCGGUCCGACCGGCACGCGGCCCCUCCGUCGUCGCCGCGGCCGCGUGUGCACGAAACCGUACGCUCGGCUGUGGUUUCGCUAGAUACCCGACCCGGCCCGGGUGCCUACGACUCGCACGGCUGGGGCGCCCGUCCGACGCCGACUAGGAAGAGAUUAUCCCCGGUCGAUGCACGGCACAGUUUCACGGGCACGGCGCCGCGGUCCGACCGGCACGCGGCCCCUCCGUCGUCGCCGCGGCCGCGUGUGCACGAAACCGUACGCUCGGCCGUGGUUUCGCUGGAUACCCGACCCGGACCGAGUGGCCUACGACUCGCACGGCUGGGGCGCCCGUCCGACGCCGACUAG